AUGAGAGCUGCUGUUAUUAAGAAACCCUAUCUUGUUGAAACAAUCGAGAAGGAGGUUCCCAAGAUAUCUCAGCCGACAGAUGUGCUUGUAAAAGUCAAAUUUUCAGGGCUUUGUGGGUCAGAUCUUCAUUAUUACCGCGGACAUAUCCCACUGAAAGAGAAUAGCACCAUGGGUCACGAAUUUUUGGGAACUGUGGUGGAGAGGGGCUCUGACAUAAAAGACGAAGAUUUCAUGAUUGGCGAGGAUGUUAUCGCAACAUUCACCAUUCAGUGUGGAAAAUGUUGGUAUUGCCAAAAUGGGUAUUCCGGCACAUGUGAUCAAACCAACACUUUCGGCAAAGCAGGCCUUGAGGGCGGUCAAGCUGAGUAUGUUUUGGUACCUUUUGCAAAGACAACUUUGGUGAAAAAACCAACAUCAAAUGACAAUAUAGAUGAUUCUGUGUACGUGCUUAUGGCAGACAUUUUUGUCACUGGGUAUUUCGGAGUGAAAAAAAUUAUUGAUCACUUCCAGGACAACAUGGAGCGGAAAUCUAUCAGAGUUUUACAAAUCGGCGCAGGUCCAGUGGGGCUUUGCGCCGUCAGGAUUUUAAAACAUUUCGGCUUCGAACAUAUCGUAGUAGUUGAUGGGAUUGAAGACAGAUUGAACCAUGCGAAGUUGCUUGGUGCAGUUGAAACCGUGAAUUUCAAAAGUGAAACAGGUAAGUUGGAUUCUUUAAGAGAAUCAAUCACCGACAAUAGAGGGUUUGAUGCAGUCCUAGAAAUAGUGGGUGCUACUUCUGCCUUGAAGACAGCAUUCUUUAAUGUGAGAAGGGGAGGUUUUAUCAGCUCUGUCGGUAUGGGUCAUGACCCUUUUCCAUUUAAUGCUCUUGAAUCAUACGUGAAAGGUCUUACAAUUAGUUUCGGAAGAUGCAAUGCUUGGUCUCUCUUCCAUGAAGCACUUAGAGUUUUUGAGGAAUUGAAAUGCGAUCUAAUUAGUUUGAUUGAUACCAAGUGUCCCAUAAAUGAUGCCAAACUGUGCUAUGAGAGAUUCGAGAGGGGAGAGGUCAAAAAGGUUGUUUUCACUUUUACAUAA